AUGCCUCUAUGCGAAACUAAUGGAAAAAAUGUUUCCGAUAUUAAAGAAAAGCCUUAUUCUUAUUCGGCUUUUAAAUCUUGGAUUAGAAUAGAUCUUGAAGAAAUUAUUUUUUUACCAAAGAACGAAUAUAUUUCAACGAAACGAUGUAAACAUAUCGAUUUUAUGUUUAAAUGGAUAAAUAGAGUCAUUAUUAUCGGAUUUAAUGCUUCUAAUUUUAUUGAAGAAUUUCAAAUUCCAUUAAAUCAAAUUGUUGGAAUUAAAAUUACAAAUAAAAAUUAUCUUGAGAUUUCUUUGCGAUCAAAUUUUUCUAAACACUUCUACCGCCGUAUUAUAGGUGAUGAUGGCAAAAUAACUUCUUCGGCGAUUCAUAAUGAUCCAACAGGUGGUCGCUUGAAAGAUACUACUACCCUCGUGCUUAUUCCUUGUCAAAAAGUUCAUCCUUCAACUCUUACCUUUAUCAACAUUGGAAUUCAAAAAUUUCACUUGAAUAAAUCAUCAACAAUUCGGAAGAAUGCGACUGAUAAAUAUUUAGUAGAGCUCCAUAUAACUUUUCAACUUUUAACUCAUUCUCGUGCGUUAUUAGUUCCAUCUACAAUCUCGUUGGCAGAUUUAUUUCUUAAAAUUCAGUAUCGCUUUAUGAUAAUUGUUGAAAGUUUCGAAUAUAAAAAUAUAUUUGAUGAUUUUAUCACUGUUGAAAGUGAAGAAGAUUGGAAAACUGCUAAGAUUGAUCGUGCUGUUGUUGAUAAAAUGAAAAUUAUUAUUAGAAUUUCACCAAGAUGA